AACCUGAGAGGUUUGGGAAGUAUAUGAUAAUAAACAUACCCUCCCACUGAGAGGCAGAGAGGGUAAAACUGAAUAUGUGUGUAAGCUUAAGGACGAGGGCAGAUUUGAAUAUUUUCCAUUCCCCUGAAUUGGGCUAUAAAUAUGGCUUUGGGUUGGGGUGAGGUGAAGAAGCAAGGGGGGAGAGAGAGAGAGAGAUAGAGAAAGAGAAAGAGGGCGCUAGAUAGCGAGAGAGAGAGAGAGAGCAUUCAUGGGUGGACCGCAGAAUGCCAAUUCCACCGCCGGGAAGGUCAUCACUUGCAAAGCUGCGGUGGCAUGGGCUGCCGGAGAGCCGUUGGUGAUCGAAGAAAUUCGCGUCGACCCACCUCAGAAAAUGGAAGUUCGAAUCAAGAUCGUCUUCACCUCCAUCUGCCAUACAGAUCUCAGUGCCUGGCAAGGCGAGAACGAAGCCCAGCGUGUCUAUCCUCGAAUCCUCGGCCACGAAGCCUCUGGAAUCGUGGAGAGCGUGGGAGAGGGAGUUGAAGACAUGGAAGAGGGCGACCAGGUCGUGGCCAUAUUCAACGGCGAGUGCGGGGAGUGCGCUUACUGCAAGCACGACAAGACCAAUCUGUGCGAGAAGUUCAGAGUGAACGCCUUCAAGAGCGUGAUGGUGAACGGCGGCAAGACCAGGUUCUCAACCAAAGACGGCACACCCAUCUUCCAUUUCCUCAACACCUCCACCUUCACCGAAUACACUGUCAUCGACUCCGCCUGCGUCGUCAAGAUCGACCCCGAAGCUCCCCUCAAGAUGACCCUUCUCAGCUGCGGCGUCUCCACCGGUCUUGGGGCAGCCUGGAAUACUGCAAACGUGCAAGCGGGGUCAAGCGUCGCCAUUUUCGGCUUGGGCGCCGUGGGGCUGGCGGUGGCUGAAGGAGCCAGGGCCAGAGGAGCAUCUAAAAUUAUAGGAGUCGACAUUAACUCCCAGAAAUUUAUCAAAGGAAAAGCAAUGGGAAUUACGGAUUUCUUUAACCCAUUGGAUCUUGACAAGCAGCCAGUCCACCAGAAAAUAUUGGAGCUGACGAAUGGAGGCGGCGUUGACUACAGCUUCGAGUGCGCCGGCAAUUUGGACGUUCUCCGGGAGGCCUUUCUGUCCACCCACGACGGAUGGGGGCUAACGGUAAUACUAGGAAUUCAUUCAUCGCCGAGGUUGCUGCCGCUGCAUCCAAUGGAGCUGUUCGACGGUCGGAGAAUCGUAGGUUCCGUGUUCGGAGACUUCAAGGGCAAGUCUCAGAUCCCUCAUUUCGCCAAGCAAUGCAUGCGUGGGGAGGUGAAUUUGGACGAGUUCAUAACCCACGAGCUCCCCUUCAGCGACAUAAACGAAGGCUUUCAACUGCUGCUCACUGGGAAAUCACUGAGGUGCCUUCUUCAUCUUUGAAUUGAUGGCAUCGAUCAUCAGUCCUUGUAUAAAUAAAUGCUUCUUUCUUGGUCUGUCAUAUAUAUUAUUAAUUUUAGAUGGGCUGGGCUUCGCCGUUACUUCACUAUCUUCAUGUAUUAAUAAUAUAAUGUUGCCCCUCAAUUAAUGGAGCAUUUUAUCAAACAUUUGACGUGCAUCAUACAA